CUUCCGGGCCCGGCCCGAUGACCUGCUCAUCAGCACCUACCCCAAGUCCGGCACCACCUGGGUGAGCCAGGUACUGGACAUGAUCUACCAGAAUGGCGACCUGGAGAAGUGUCACCGGGCUCCCAUCUUCAUGCGGGUGCCCUUCCUUGAGUUCAAAGCCCCAGGGUUUCCCUCAGGGCUGGAGACUCUGAAAGACACACCGGCCCCACGGCUCAUCAAGACGCACCUGCCCCUGGCCCUGCUCCCCCAGACUCUGUUGGAUCAGAAGGUCAAGGUGGUCUAUGUUGCCCGCAACGCAAAGGACGUGGCCGUCUCUUACUACCACUUCCACCAGAUGGCCAAGGUGCACCCUGACCCUGGGACCUGGGACAGCUUCCUGGAGAAGUUCAUGGCC